AUGAAGAGUUUUAAGUCUUUUGGCACUAGCCUCGCCCUUCUUCUGGUUCAAGCGGCUGAUUCCCAAGCUGGCCCUGGCAUUCUCGAUGCCUGUGACGAAUUGUCAAUCGACCUCAACGAUGGCGUGCUACACGGAGAAUGUCAGGCCGCCGGGAAAUCUAUGCUGACAUCGGUGGACCUUGGCCAAUGUUUGGGACGGAGCUCUCAAGCGAACAAUCUGAGCCUUCAUGGAGACACGACGGGACUGGCCCGUGUGAAGGAGAGGUUGAACUUCAUGAGCGACUACUGCGGUCCUUGCCGCAUUGUCGGGAAGGAUGAGCACAGUCAGAAUGUUGCCUACCUCCUCUGUGACUGUGGCCCUGGUGGCUCAAAAGUCCCAACGGAGCAUCCGUUUGACCUGGGCGAUUUGGUCACUGUUACUGAAGAAGGAUGCCUUGAAUGCAUCGGCGCCAGUGGUCGUUGCAUCCGCGUUCCUCAUCCCCGAGCCGUCCGUGAGAUUUCUAUCGAGUCGGAGAUUAGCCAAGAGCCGAUCGACUGGUUUGGGCUUGAGGCAAAGAGUGUUCCCUGUGAAGAGAGCAUCAGAUCCCCGGAACUCGCGACCAUGCUCCCGAAAACUUAUGAGAACACAACACAUCACAGAUGCAAACAAGAGCACUCUCUAUGCUGUUACCAGACCGCAGCCAAGGGCACCAGAACAAACACAAAGUUUGAUGCCUUCAGCCUAAUCGAGGGCAACAAUCACAUUUGGAGAAUCCACUUCGUUUUUCACAUGCACGCCCUCAAGAUCACAGGUCAGAUGAGCCAUAUCGUCCAAUUCUGCUCCCCAUACGGAGAUCUUGACGAAUGCGAGGGUGAGACACAGCUCGAUGAUGUUCCUGGUUUGCCCGAUGAUGACCGGGAAAAUCCUCUCAAAGGGUUGGAAGACGUUGUAUACGACGACGACGAUGCAGAGGGUAAUUUUGCUCCAUCCUACGAGGCCGGCACCAAGACAGAGGUUGAGACAAAGUCAAAGGCGGGGAUAGGGAACUUCUCGGACGAACAGAUAGAGGGACAACGGUCAUCUGCGGCAACGGAUACAGAAGAUGUGCGCCACGUGGGCACGGGGCCAGCUGAACCCUUCGAAAACCGUACUGCGCACGACUGA